AAUAAUAAUAUAAUCAUAAUAAAAAUCCGGUAAACAAUUUUUAUCCAUAAUAUAGCAUGGAUAGCUAACAAGAGCUAAACUGGCUAACCAUGUUACUAGAAUUUGAGCGCAAAACUUUAAAGAGAAAGAAAAAACAAAUUAAAUUUACCAAAAUAAAUUACGCAAAACCUGAUACACGUACGUUUAGAAGUAAAAAAUAAAAAAAUAAAAAACAAGACAAUUGUCACUGCGGUGUGUAAAAAAAGCGCUCCGACUGCGCUACGCCCAGAUGUUUAUGCUUUUUGCAUAACGUGCAAAUUAAACGACGUCAUAGAAUCUUUCAGCCAAUGAGAGACGUACAAGGGGCGGGUCCUUAAAACAAAUAAGAAAUCACAAGCCAGGAUAUCGCUGGGAAGCUUGGAACGUAACAUAAAACUUAAUGAUGUACAGAUACGGCUAACACUGAGCUUGUCAUUUAGCCAAACUGGAUCUAAAUGAUAGCAAAAAAAGUUAGCCAAAAUGGCUAAAAUGCUGUUCUCAGUGAGUAAACAUACAGAUAAAUAAUAUCUAGACAAGAGUAGUUAAUUCGCUCAAAUACGCUUAUAUUCCUUGAUGUGUCACAUUAAUAUAUUUCCCCUAAAAGACAUGAUCACCCUCUUCUUCCAAAGUACACGUUUUUAGGAGCGUUAGUUGGAAACUGACGCUCCUGUGCGUAAAAAGCGCUCCAGUUGAUUUUCAUCCAGAUGUGUGUUUUUGUACACGGUGAGUACGGCGGCGUCACGGAGCCCACGGGCCAAUCAGAGGCGAGCAGGGGCGGGUCCGGGACGUGCGGACUGUUGUGGAUGUGGAAAAUGGACAAUUUAACGCACGGCGUUCAUCAUCAUCAUCACUAUCAUCAUCGUCCUCGCGCCGUGGAGGAGCAGAGUCCGCGUCCGCGUCCGGAACCUGAUGUGGUUGUUUUUAAAAUGUCCAGCAGUCGUGGAAUGAAGAGGACAUUCACCAUCUGAGAGGAGAAGCAGAAGGAGCGGAGAGAAGGAAGGAGGAAGGAGAGCGUGCAUGGUUACCGUCACCCGGAGGGGCUCUGCAGACGGCUGCCGUCGCGCCAAGCACCAUGAGGCGGCAAGCUCGGCCUGAGAGCAAGAAGAAGUCACGCUUCAUCAUUCUCGAGCAAGCAGAGCAGCAGAAGAGAUGCAAACAGCAGCAGCAAAGGCAGCCGCAGAGACGGAGUGAAAGACUCAUCUGAGAGCUUCAGCAUGGAGCCAAUGGGGAGAGCAGUGUGAAACUGAAAGAGCCGCAGAUUCCAAACAGCAGAGUGGCCCCGGCCCGUACUCUGAGGGAGUGAUGUCCUUGUUAACACACUGGCCUCUGUUAGAAGCUCCUUGUUAGAAGUCAAUAACCCGCCCCUGUGAGGCCGCAGCGCUGAGGGGCAGAGAGACUAAAAAGGGACGAUAGACAGGGGGGAAUAAAGAGGCCCUGAUGCAGGCCAGGAAGAAGUAUGUCCUGCUGGCCCUGUGUGCGUGCUGCUGGGUCCUCCUCUUCUACUGGGGCGGUGGAGUCCAGCUGCGGAUGCUGCGGCUGCUAACACGCCACCGCAGCGAGGUGGUAAGGCCCUGGCCCAAUUGGACCGACAAGGCCUUCCUGCCCCGCUACGCCCACCUGGACGAGCUCCAAACGGACCCUGGCACAGUGGAGUUGCCCCAUCAGCGACGGCAAACCUGGUCCACCAUUUAUAAGGACAGUCGCUGCCGCAUGGAGACCUGUUUUGACUUCUCCAGGUGUCGCCGAAGAGGACGGGAAGGAUUCAGGGUGUAUAUUUAUCCGUCGGAGAAAAAUGAUCACGUAUCAGAAAGCUACAAGAAGAUACUUACCUCUAUAGGAGAGUCUCGGUACUACACGCCAGACCCCAGGGAAGCAUGUAUAUUUGUUCUGGGGAUAGACACCUUAGAUCGGGACCAGUUAUCGGGACAAGUUGUCCACAAUGUGGACGAGCGUACGCGAGGUUACCCAUUGUGGAAUGACGGGCGGAACCACCUGAUAUUUAACUUGUACUCAGGCACUUGGCCAAACUACACAGAGGACCUGGGGUUCAACAUUGGACAGGCCAUGUUGGCCAAAGCCAGCCUCAAUACGGAACACUUCAGGCCAGGUUUUGACAUCUCUAUCCCGCUCUUCUCCAAGGACCACCCUCAGAAAGGCGGAGAGCGGGGUUGGCUGGUGAGAAACACCAUUCCUCCACGCAGGAAGUACCUGCUGAUGUUCAAAGGGAAGCGCUAUCUGACGGGCAUCGGCUCAGACACCAGGAACGCGCUGCAUCACAUCCACAAUGGGAAGGACAUCGUGUUGUUGACGACGUGUCGUCACGGGAAGGACUGGGAGAAGCACAAAGACUCCCGCUGCGACCACGACAACUUGGAAUACGAAAGGUUUGACUACCAAGAGCUCCUCCACAACUCCACCUUCUGUUUGGUGCCGAGAGGUCGGCGCCUCGGCUCCUUUCGCUUCCUGGAGUCUCUACAGGCGGCCUGCAUCCCAGUGUUGCUGAGUAACGGCUGGGAGCUGCCAUUCUCCGAAAUCAUACAGUGGAACCAGGCAGUCAUUGAAGGAGACGAACGGUUAUUGCUGCAGGUUCCAUCUACGGUGAGAGCAGUUGGUAACGAGAGAAUCCUGGCCCUCAGACAGAAGACACAGAUGUUAUGGGAAGCCUACUUCUCCUCUGUGGAUAAGAUCGUCCUCACCACGCUGGAGAUAAUCAAGGACCGCGUGUUUUCACACAUAUCGAGGAACAAAUACAUGUGGAACUCUCUGCCCGGAGGUCUGCUGGUUCUGCCCGAGUAUUCAACCCACCUGGCACAUUUCCCCUUCUACUACCUGGGAUUAGGGGUGAGUCCAGGUCAAGAGUUCACUGCUGUUAUACAUGCCGUUUCUCCACUGGUCUUCCAGUCUCAGCCAAUCAUGAAGCUGCUGCAGGUCAUCUCCAAGUCCAAGUACUGUUCACAGAUCAUCAUCCUGUGGAACAGUGAGAAGCCUCCUCCCAGUCGGAGCAAAUGGCCUCAAACGCCUGUUCCUCUAACUGUGACAGACGGCAAGAGGAAGACCACCAGUCGCUUCCUACCUCACGUUGCCAUAGAGACAGAGGCAGUGCUGAGUCUGGACGAGGACACGGUUCUGCUGACCAGUGAGGUGAACUUUGCCUUCCUGGUGUGGCGGAGUUUUCCGGAGCGAAUCGUGGGUUAUCCACCCAGGAGCCACUUCUGGGAUCCCCUCAAGCACGUUUGGGGCUACACCUCCAAAUGGACCAACGAGUACUCCAUCGUUCUGACAGGAGCUGCCUUCUAUCACAGGUACUACCACCAUCUGUUCUCCCACUACCUGCCCCAGUCUCUGCGCACCCUGGUGGAUCGAACCUCCAACUGCGAGGACAUCCUCAUGAACUUCCUGGUCUCUGCUGUGACCCACCUGCCACCCAUCAAAGUGGCUCAAAGGAAGCAGUACAAAGAGUUACCAAGCCCACAGGUAGGUGGCACUGCAUUCAAAUUUGGUCUGCUGCAAUAUCAGCACAAGACUGGACGGCUAACAAAUGUGGGUUUUAUUUGUUUCAAGGGUACUAAGAGCGUCCCCUGGGCCAACCCGGAGCACUUUAACCAGCGUCAGGAGUGCAUCAACACCUUUGCCAACUGGUUUGGCUACAUGCCGCUGGUCCACUCUCAAUUCCGGUUGGACCCUGUGCUUUUCAAAGACCAAGUAUCUGUCCUGCGGAAGAAAUACAAAGACCUGGAAAGGGCGUGAAAUCCGGUCGAGUUUUGUGGCCUGUUUUAGAAAGACAAGUGCUCCAAACGAUGGCCCUCAAGAAGACGUACCUCAAGAAAUGUCGAGAUGUGGGCUACGUGGUCUACAUCUUGGACGCGGUACAAUCAUCAGACAGACCCUGGUGGACUGUUCUGGACUAGGUUUAUUUAACGACAAAAAAAAGGAGGGGCCAAAUAAUUCUCCUAUUUCCAAGACAACCGAUCUUGGAAGAGCUCUUGAAUAGGUCUCUUAUCAGACAAUGUGUGAACAUGUGAACAAGUGCUACUGUGGUGACAGUAAAAGAAGGAAUUUGUCAGUUUUGUGCCUGAAGCACCAGAAGAGAAGUGUAUCUGUGCCAUGCACUCCAUCGGUGGAUGUGUCUCCCAGUUAUUGUGCAGGGACCAAGGCCAAGAAAGCAGAUGAUUUCGCACCAGAAUUCUAACUGUAAAAAUUGAAAUAAAAUUAAAAAGUAUUUGUAAAUGCAAA